GAGGCUGUAGGCGACGAAUUUAAUUACACGAGGAUAACAUUGAUCUCUAUAGACACAAAGGUGAUAGAAUGAGUGCUUUUUUUAUCUAAACCGAAUGUGUGUGUGUCCGUAUAUGAGGGGUUUGUUCAUCACUCCCCUUCGUACAAUCGCCGCAAAUAUCAAUCUAUCUAAUAAAGCAAUAAUAAUCUGGCAAUUUGAUAAGCGGCGGUUGGACGCGCGCUUCAACUUCUAUCCAGCGAAUGCAUUCUUCGCAUCAAGUAUAUGCGCCAACAGGCCCAGUUGGGCCGCUAUAGCCACCAAAAUUCGCAGGCUAUCUAGUCGAAAUACCGGUGCAAAUGUCUCGUCAAAAUCAUCAUCCGAUUGCUCAUUUCCUCUGGCAACCAGUCUGGCUUUGAAUUGUUCAAUUCGGCCAUCUGGGCCUAGCUUCACAUCAAACACCCAUCUGGUUGACGAAAUGGUCCCUUCAGCUUUCUUUCGGGAUAUGACUCUCCAAGUGCCAAAGCUUAUCAAGGUACUCAGCUCCUUGUGGAUUGCUUCUUUCCACUUUGAGCCAUAUAUCAGAUCAUUCACAGCCUCACUGUAUGAUUUUGGUAUGCGGAUUCCGGCUUUUUCACGUACGGCACAUGCUUUCUCUGCAACCUCAUAUUCUCUAUCAAUUUGCAAUAGCUCCGCAGCUACUGCUAACCUUGCCAACUGAGCUCGCAGGCGCUGAGCUGGACGAUCUGAUGAUUCCUCCCCUUCAGCUUUGCGCUUGCGACUCAAUCCAUCCAUUUGCUGGCUCUCCACUAGCCUUGUUGAUGGUUGGCGGACGCGUUCCGAGCGUCGUACAGGUGUUUUAUCUGGCAUUCUCUCUGUGCCAGCAUUCAAAGGCUCUUCUUCAGUCUCUGGUCGGGUAAUCUUGCAUACUUCUUCAGUUGCAUGCCUUUCAG